UUCUGAGUGUUCUGAGGAAGCUACGCGCUUGUCAUUUUUUAGUUAAUGCCUCAAUCGAAAUUUAAUUUUAAAAGAUACCCAACAGGCGUUAACUCAUUUAUGAGAGCCAUUACUACAGAUUGCCUGCUUUGCUUUGAUUUCCUGGUGAACAUUCGAAUUUUUGGCGCUCAUCUUUUUCCCUCUCCCCUGUCAAGGUUGUCAAGCAGAUUGCCUACCUACCAAGAAAGUUGUUGAAUCGAAUACGUGCCCCCGCACCCGUUGGCUGCCCAGCUGCCCCCUCUUCUUUCCCAAUAUUUACAUUGCAAGUUUAUCUGUUGUCUGUUAUCAGUGUUCCUAACAUUUACACUAUCACCACACACACAACAUACCACCUAACCACAGUAACCAUAUUGAGCUAAGCAGUACUGUAAGCCCACUCAAUUAUUACAAUAUUUCCGUGGAAACCAAUGUGAUUUUCGAUUGUUUACAGAUUGUCCUUCCAUCUUGGCUUUAAAAUCAUCUGUUGAACUCUGUGUGUUUUGAAACGUUUCCUUACGGGUGUCUGUUUGAUCAUGUCCAUCAGCGGAACAAAGAAGAAAUUGCUGCAACCGAAGUUUGAGCUAACUGAGGAACAGAAACAAGACAUCAAAGAGGCUUUUGAUUUGUUUGAUAAAGAAGGUAGUGGGAAAAUAGAAACGAAAGAACUGAAGGUUGCCAUAAGGGCUCUUGGUUUUGAGCCUAAAAAAGAAGAAAUUAAGAAGAUGCUUUCAGAAGUCGACAAAAAACAAACAGGUUUUAUCACAUACCGGGAGUUUCUCUCAUUGAUGACUUCCAAGAUUGCUGAGAAAGAUUCCGAUGAGGAGAUAAUCAAAGCAUUCAAACUCUUUGAUGAUGAUGAGACAGGGAAGAUAUCUUUCAAAAACUUAAAGCGUGUUGCUAAAGAACUAGGAGAAACCCUAACUGAUGAAGAAUUACAGGAAAUGAUAGAUGAAGCUGACCGCGACGGUGAUGGAGAAAUUAGCCAAGAAGAAUUUUUGAGGAUUAUGAAAAAAACAAGUCUUUACUAAUUGACUCCCCUCUGCAAACUCAAGGAUUUAAUCAUGCUGUAAGGAUCUAUUUGUUUCCUUAAGGAAUUAAGUAAAUGGAUUUCGGGCUCAUACUUCACAAUAUGAUAUUUUUCCAGAAUUUAUGAGUUAUUCUAUCCAUCCAUCCAUUGUCUUCUAUCUAGUCAUGUAAAGUAAGGUAAUUCUAAAAAUCUGAUCAUUAUAGUUUAAUAUCACUGACCGCUAGCACAAGUGUAAUUAUUGUGUAAUUAUCAAAUUGUAUAAAAAGUACUGCUGGAAUAUCUGAGUGUUUUAAGAUCUUAUGAUGUCCUGUUUGCUGAGAAGCACAUUUUGUUCACAAUGCAAUGUUGGAUCGUUUAUAUGAAAAUGAAGAGAGUGCUUGAUCUAUUUGAUGUCGCACUUUUCAUGAUCUUUGCAGCAGGAAAUGCCGUUUGUUUAUGUAUGUUGACAUCACAUUUAUGUACUUGCUCAUCAAUUUCUGUAUAAGUGAAGGAUUGCCUUGUUCCGGCUGUACAGCUAAAAUGACGUCGUUCAUUUCCAUGAAAAAUAUUCAACAAAAUUUUCAUUUGAAUGAAUAAAUAAUAAUUCUUUUUCAAGCAAGCGGUAUUGAUAAGCUGCACUCAGAUUUACAGAACGUUGGGUCAUAUGGUAGAGGUACUGAAAUGCACUAGUUAUUCUGUGUGCAUUAUCAUAGUCUUUGAGUUGAUGUUCUCCUCCUGUAACUUCCGGUUGUAAUGUUCUUUUCACUAUCCAGGUUGUGAUGACACAGAAGUUCUUAAUGAAGUAGAACCCUCUUCAUUGAAGAUUUUGUUCUCUUUCACAUUUACAUUCAAAGUGUUUUGCUAAACCUUGGUUUUGUCUUCAACUUCCCUUGCGCACAAUACCCAAGGCUUUCAAUCUAAUAAAGCAUAAAGCUGUAUGAUUAAUGUACCUACUCUCUCAAUGUUUUAUUUCAAUGAUAUCGAGGGAUGAUUGCUAUGAAAAUUUGUUACCUAUAGUUUAUCACUUUUUUCAAUCUUUUUUUUUUUUUUUUUUUUGGGCAUGACCUAUUUUGAUCUCAUUAGUUUUUCUCCUCACAUUUCAUCCUUGGCACAUCAAUGUUUAUCAUCCUUAACUUCUUUUACCAAGAUAACUGUAGCAGAUACUGCUUCCUCUUCGCAGAUUUUUUACUUCCCCUUCUUUUCUAAGCGCAUCAUGAAGCUUUGAAACCUGCCUUCCUUGUUUUUUCAAGGGACCACUAUGCCACUCAUGCCAAUUCUUUCUAAAAAACUUCUAUUUCAGUCCCAAAUUAAUUUUUAUAAGUAUUAUUUUUUUUAUCCCGAAAAUUAAGAAUCCUCUCUAUUUUUCUAUUUUUGAUGUUGUUGAUUAGUUACUCGUCCCCUAUUCAUAUUUUUUUAAAGUUGUAGAGUAAAUGUGAAGAUUAUGCUUGCGUUCACCUCAACCAACUUAUUAAAUGACUCUGUAGAGAUGUAGAAGUAUUAUUGUCUUACACAUGUCAUCUUAAUUUAUUGGUAAUGUUAGAACAUUGCAUGAGACUUUCAUCAAGCCUCUUCACAUGUUUAUUUGUUGCCAUGACCCAGGCUAAUUCCAUUUGUGUUGUGACGUUAGCAUCUCUAGUUUUUGCAGGACUGUGUCUCACAAAUUCACUUUUUUAAGUAACUAUUUUUUCAAUGGGUGUACUUAAAUUUGCCUCUAAAUGCAUCUGGCUCAACCACUGAUGGAGUCCCCUUUUAUUUGAUUCAUAGCAAUACAAGUAUUCAACUUAUGUUUGGAAGAAUCAUUAUUCUUAAAUUUCUUUCUCCCAUCAGUUUUAGGGAAUACUGUUCAAAGUUCUGUCGAAAGUUUACCCCUCCCCCCCCCCCAAAAAAAAAAUUAUAGUUUUGAGAAUUGAAGUAUAUAUUUUUAUGUGCACAUUUUUCUUCAUUUUUUGACAGCCAUUUUAAAGGACUUGAUUACUGAAUUUUCGAAGUUACUGACAAGUACACACAUUCCAUGUCUGAAUAUUUCGUAAGAUUUAUUGAAGUUAACAUUUUAAAGGAAUUAAAAUACAAGGAAAAAUUAAGAGUAAAAAGAGAUUUUUGCCCUUUAAUGCCCUUCUAGCACUGCUAUUUUCAGAUGGUGAUACGACGAAUUUCAGACAGACUUUCCAUCUCCUUGUGUGAUGAUUAGCUUUUGUUUUACGCAAGUAGAUGGAAAAGGGAAAAAAAAAUACUUACCCAUUUAAAUUGAAUUGAAUUUGAAGGUAUGAAGAUUUUAUUAAAAAGUUUCAUUUUAUUCUUUUCAAAAAAGAUGCCUUACAGUUGGAUCAUUAAUGUUUGAAAAUCAAAAGGUUACCUUUGCCGGGUGGCAAGAAUCAGUCUCCCGAAAAAAACUGAAUUUUAAUUUUAGGCAGAUUGAUCCCAAGUUCACAAUAAUGCUCACCCCAGUUCUGGAAUAAUUAAUGGAUUGUUUUUUAUCCUGUCGGUGCCAGUGCACUAACAGAAUAAAAACUAGUGUAAGCCAACUAAGCAUCUCUUCAAAGUCCUCUGAACCUGAUUUGUGAAAGCACUCUCAUUCUUUUCUAUUCGAAUGCAUAGUUAUAUCACCUUAUAGUGCACUCUGUUCACCUUUUUUCUUCUUCUUUUCUCUAUUAUCGUUGUUUUUUCUGUUUUGAUUUCUAGAUUAAGACAUGUAUGUAAUUAUUUUGGGGUUGCUCAGUGUCUUAAGCUCUUUCCAAUAUUUUAAACUAUUAACUUAUUCAUUCAUUAUAUUUUGUCUCUCUGGUGAGAUGCAAAAUAAAUCCUUACAUAACAAUGUCAUUGUAUAAUGAGUUAUCAAUUCCCAACUGUUAAAAAGACACCACAUAGGGAAGAGAGACACCUGUCUCAUGUAAUAAGAACAGGUUACAAAACAUUUGUUUCUUUUUGACCUGAUUUUGUGAUGUACUGCCCAGAUGCAUCUCUUACUCUUGAAGGAUCUUCCGUUCCAGUUUCACUGUUUAAAAUGGAUUCCUCUUAUUGUGCAAAAAGUUCAUUUACAUUAAAUCAAUGAAAAUAAAAAAGAAACAAUUAAAUGUUUGCUUGUUUCUGUCGCCACAAUACCCAGUUUAAUAAAGUUAGGAAACAACUGUUUCUUCAAAGAACAUAAUUUAUUGAGAGCCAAUGAGAUUUAAGUGUCUGUCACCGAGAUGAGUUUGUCUUUUUGUAUACAUAAUGUUUUAUCAAUGUUUGCAGUUGACCAUCUAAUUGUUAAAUGAAUUUAUUUUGAUUAAACUCCUCUCUCAUA